GUUUGGAGAGAAUGUUUGAGUUUAAUCAAUUCAGAGCGACGAGAUGGAGCCCAACUCACUCCUGUGGGUAGGCUCACCUUGUGGUUUGCACGGACCUUAUAUUUUCUACAAGGCGUUUAGGUUUCACCUUGAAGGCAAAGCGAGAAUUUUGUCUCUGGGAGAUUUUUUCUUGGUCAGAUGUAAACCCGAGGAUCCCAUCUGCAUCGCAGAAGUGCAGCUCCUAUGGGAGGAAAGGACGACCAAGCAACUUUUAUCCAGCUCCAAACUUUAUUUUCUCCCGGAUGAUACCCCUCAGGGCAGAAAUGUCACGCACGGGGAGGAUGAAGUCAUCGCUGUUUCAGAGAAGGUCAUAGUAAAGUUGGAAGAUCUGGUGAAAUGGACGGUGACCGACUUGUCGUGCUGGAAGAAGGGUCUGCGGGCCAUACCCCUAAAACCCACCGUCCUGAAAGAGCUCGGGAAGAACGGCCAGAGAGAAGCGCUUCACAGAUACAGAGAGUCCACGCUCAACAGCGGCCUCAACUUCAAAGACGUCCUGAAAGAGAAAGCUGAACUCG